CUUUUUCUAUUCCCUAUCUUUUAUCUCCUCUACCAUCUCUAUCAUAUCCCCAAUCUCAAUGUUUGUACCCCUCACUCUCCCUCUACUCUCACUAAGGUGCAAUUGCUAGUCUAAGAUGAAUUGCAACUGCGAGGGUUUACUUUGAGACAGUUGAAAAACCGCGCCAUCUCAAUAAUAGAGUUUACAGGCAUUUGAAUUUCCGAUCUAUAAAGCUCUUUGCUUGAGAUCAGUCGUCCAUAAAAAUUAAUAAUCGAUGUGUUGAAGAGAUACAUUUUCUGCAAUCUCACUUUCAACAAAUUCCAUACUGUUGAGGAACAUUAUAAGGUUAAUUGCUGUGACUUUUAUAGACUUCUUCUAGUGCUGAAGAAUGAAUGUGGAACGAGUGGGAGAUGUGGUGUACUCUGAUUAUAGGCGUAUAAUUGGUGUAGAAGAGGAAGAAGUUCCGACUCAUCUAAAUACUAAUGACACGGGCCCUUACUUAGUUGUAUCGGCUGACAAUCUAUUUGUAAAGUAUAUUGGACGAGGAAGAUCGGACUACGAUGUUGGAUCAUUACAGGCUAAUUGCCCUGCUCCCAUUAAGAAGCUUCUAUAUUACUUUGAAAUGUAUGUUGAGAACAAGGGACGGCGGGGCAAAGUUUCUAUUGGCUUCACUGACCAGCAGUUUAACAAGCACAGACAACCUGGGUGGGAAACACAUACCUUUGGGUAUCAUGGAGAUGAUGGCAAGGUGUUUCAUGAUUCAGGGCAUGGGAUGCGGUUUGGCCCUACUUAUACAACAGGAGAUACAGUGGGUGCUGGCAUAAAUAAGGCAUCCCAAGAUGUAUUUUUUACAAAGAAUGGAAAGUUUAUUGGAUCGAUCACAAGGGAUUAUGAAGGGGUCUUGUUUCCUACUGUUGGUCUUCAUAGCCCAGAUGAGGGGGUGGUUGUGAAUUUUGGGCAACAAGAGUUUGUCUUUAAUAUUCAGCAAUUGACUCAAGAUUUAUUUCAAUAAGCAUGAAAUAUGUGCCAAAUUUUAGUUUUGGAGUGAUGAUAUCAGCAAGUGAGAAUGUAAUACUGACAACCAAGAGUUUGCUAAAUAUAUAACUUUCUAUAUUUGUUUUACCGAGAAAGCUCGAGAAUUAUACAAGAAUUGUUUCUCGAUGCUUAACAAAUUAUAACUUGGAAAUGCAUAUGGAUAAUUUUCUGAUUUCUGUGUCCUUUGUUGCUUGUAAAUAUUACAAUUCAUCUAAAUUAGGAAGCUAUCGUUGUUUGCGCUUA